GCUAAUCCGCCAGUCAAUCCACCACUGAGAGACUUUACGUACCUGGUUGAAUUUCCCGUGGCAGUAUUUUUGAGCUUGGGGCACAUGGAAAACCUCGUCCAUGUAGGGCUCCCGUUGCUCCCGGGUGACUUUGGAGAAGAGCAGGCAGGACACCAGAAAGUUGGUGCUGCACAGCGCCGUGAAGAUGUAGCCUUCAAAUUUAUCCAUGCUGAUUUUUCGACACGCAAUUGCAAUCGGAAACUAAACGUUAAAGCUGACAACCUGUCGUUUAAAUUGCAUCGCUACUGCUCGACGCGCGAUUGAAAAGCACUUGAAAAUAGUAAAUGCGCGUGGGCUAUUGUUGAGGUCGCAGCAACAAAACGGAAGCGCUGUUCUCGACAGCGAGUGGUCCGCUUCGAAAACAGGCUCGGUAUAGCUACAUGUAGUCCGCGUUCGUGCUUAGAUGGUUGUUUUACUCACCAUUAGUUUAAUAUGGACGAAUAAUAACACCCGCAAUGUAGCAAAAAGGUCUUAUAAGUGUGUGUGUACAAUAAUUUAUAGGGUCUUAAAAUAUUUUUUGUAGCGUAGUUUUACCCAAGUGCGUCUUUCCGGUGUUGCAGUGCUUUUGGUCCCUCGCUCACGGUUUCCCUGGUGCGCGGCGUCGUGUUUUCUCCUGCCAAGUGCACAUUAAUCGUCUUUAAAAACUAAAAUGCACUUAUCUCAGACGCUGGAACUUUUCCCCGACCUCACCGUGACGCAAAUUCUUUUUAAAGAGGUCCAAAAUGCCGCGGAGCUCCGGCAAAACGCCGUGGAGGGGAAAAUAAAAGGUGCCCUGCUCAAGCCCACUAUUCUGGUGAGUCCCUUCCAAGUGUUGGUGGCUGCUAAUAAGGCUGUGCACUUACAGAAAGUCGGUCAAAUGAAGACAAGAAGCUUAUUUUCAGAGAUCAUCUUAAACCUGUCACCAACAAAAAAUAUCUCAGAAGCCUUCAAAAGAUUCGGGAUCUCGGACAGUGACAACUCGGUCCUGGUGGUCCUGGUCCACGACAAAGAGGAAUCUCACCUCGUGAGGGACAUCGCGACCAAAGUGGACGGACUGCAGAUUCCAGUCGACGACGUGUCCUCGCUGUCAGACCUUGAAAAGAUUAAAAAGCUGUACAAAGUAACUCCUCAGGAGUGUGGCACUCUUCGAGAUGCCGUUGUAUGCAGAAUGGCCACCAAGGAUGUGAUGUAGCUUCAAUAAGUCGCACAUCUUCUGAUACAGUGCAGCGUAUUGUCUAGCUUUCCUCAAAUUAGGAUGUGGCUCAUAGUUUCCUCUUCUCUCAACACAAACAAAAAUGUCAACUAGACAGUCAAGAUUGAAUGUCAUGCUUUAUUUUGUUCAAAAAUGUGCGUCAAGAAAAGACAAAAAACAGAAAUAAAAUAUGUCAGUGACACUACAAUAAUUUUCUUUUAGUAUGGCAUUUCUCUAACAGUUAAUUUUUAGGGAUAGACCGAUUAUCGGCCGUGCUGAUAGUCUGCAUUUUGACACACAUUUGCAUUUUUUUUAAAUCAGACAGCCUGUAAGAAAUCAAAUUAAAUCUGAAUAAACUUCAGGGGACUAUUAAAUUGAUUCAAAUUGCUGUUAACUUUACUAGAUGCUGCUGCUGAGCCGAGGAGCUCCCUGCACUUUUUGUUAGAAUUUUAAAACAAAGAUGUCUCUUGUGCAUCCAUCCGUUUUCUGUACCGCUUAAAUAAAACCUUUAACAUGUUGCAAA